UCGAAUCCUGGCAAAGCUCCACUUAUGUGAUGCUCAGUAGCAUCAUGAGGAAUUAGCUAGGGUUCUUGGAUUGGCCCUAGGCCACAGUGAAUGGCGGACUGGGGAGACGACAACGUCCAAGAAGGGGAGGAAGAGGAUGGAUCGGAGGAUUUCGAGCUCCCGGAGGAGGAAGAAGGCGCUGGAUCGCAGCAGAAUCACGGCAGUGACGAGGAGAGGAGCAGCAGCAGUGGCAACGAGGAAGGGAGCAGCAGCGGUGAGGAGAAUCAAGGCGAUGGCGAUGAUCCGGUGGAGAUUCAGGAUGAUCUUUUCGGCCCCGAUAACGAAGAUUAUAUGCGCACUACUCCGCAGAGCCAGCUUCCCAUACCAAUCCUUCCCGAGCCCCGGAAUGACCAAAGGAAUGAUCACGAGUACCGGCGAGGAAAUCCUCGUGGAGAAAGAAAUUCAUCCUUCUACUCUGGCGGUUUCAAGUCGAAGGAUCUCGUUGCUGACCUGAAGCUUGGCCCUCCUGGCCACUUGGACGAGACCUUGCGCAUUGCAUGCCCCCCUUUUCAAGAGCCAAAUCAGAUUUGCUGUUACAGUCGAACACCGGAUGGAACCGUUUACUAUGACGAAAGGUGUCUGAGAAAAUUCAGGAGGAGAGUUCUCUCAAGUUUUGAGGCCGACUUAAACGAGGGGUUUGACUCUUUUGUUCAGAAGAAUGAUGAUUCGGAAUCCAGUGCUUUCGGCGACUUGCUGGCGUGUGUGCGAACAAAAUUGACUUCUUUCAAAGACAUUCAUUUUGUAACAUUUCGGAACAACUUAAAUAAGAUACUGGGGACGACCUAUAGUAGACGCGACGCCUGGGAGAUGGGCGUGCACAAACGUUCUGGAACAGUGUAUUUGGAUUGUCGUAAAACUCCUGAUCCUCCCCAGACUGAGCUUCAACAACGACAAUGUUAUUGGGGCUACAAGUAUGAGGAGGUUGCGACUGAAAAUCCUCAACGAGAUCUCUACGAGAUGUCGGGCGACGCAGGGCCGCCUGUCGCUGUGGAUGCGAACGUUGAGUUUUGCACAGUCGUUAGAACCAAACUUGGUCCCCAUCGGAUCAUUAUGGGUGCAGAGAUCGACUGCUAUGACGUCGGCUCCGACGGUACGAAGCGUUACACUGAGUUAAAGACCAGUCGCGAGUUGGACAAGAGAAGUUUUGAAAGAUUCGAGAAAGAGAAGCUUUUGAAAUUUUGGAUACAAUCGUUUUUGGUUGGAGUUCCACGAAUUGUAUGCGGCUUCAGGGACGACAAUGGUAGGCUUUUGCGCUCUGACAUGAUGCUCACUCAAGAAAUUGCACGUAAGAUGAAACAAAAGCAUUACUGGGAGGGAGGUGUGUGCCUGGCAUUUGCGGAUAGAGUCCUCUGCUGGCUCUAUGGCAGCGUAAACGAUGGAGGAGAUUAUACUCUUCGUUACAUUCCCAAUAGCAACAGGAUUGAGCUAGUGAACUGUGAUUCCUGUCCAAGAGUUAUCAGCGAGCACAUUGAGCUCCUGGAAUCCUCGAGCUAGAAAGCUGCUCGAGAAACCAUUUCUAGCAACACAGCUACUUCAUGGAAAAGUAUUUCCAAGCACAUAGUUUAGUUUUAAACACUGCGAGUGUAUGGACGACAGAGCCACGACAAACGGAUCCAAAUAAGAAAACUUUAACACGUCGUUUUUCGCGGGCUAAAGUUUGAAAGAUUCCCAGCGAAUCAAAUUCAAAUACU